AUGAGGUUUCCCAUCGUCACGCUCACUAUUUUCACCGGUGUCUGCUUUCUUGCCCAGGCGAAGCCGCUCAACGUUCAUGCUAUUCCGCUGGUUCUGGGCGAGGAUAGCUUCAACGCUACGACCAAUGCUACGAUGGACUUUCUCGGCUUCACCGAGAGACGCUCAACAAGCAUCUCGUGUGGAAACAUCGGUCAGUAUGCAUCUGUCCACGGCGGAAACCCACCCGCCGUCCACAGCACCUACGCGGGCAUCUCCAGUCUGCUCAGCGACCUGCACUGUGUCUUCGGUAAGCCCGGUCAGACCCAGCGCGUGGCCUGCGUCGGCAGUGGCGACGACCUCACAUCCAUCUACGUCGUGAACAACAACAAGCGCGCUCACAGCGCUCCGUGCUACUGGCUCGGUCCGUUUGCAUACGACAUCCUCGGCGGAUGCUGCAAAGCAGGUCAUCCGUGUACGGACCCCUCCAGCAAGGUGCGUUGGGGUCCGGCUCUUGGCAGAUGGAAGGAAUUUGAUAUCUACUUCGUCGCCGAGCCGAGCGGCCACUGCUAG